AUGAAGCACCGAGUUAGAAACUACAGCAGCAACAGUACGGCCCACACAAUGAAGACGAAACUGGUAAGAAAGUAUCCUACAGUAAAGGAAUCAUCGCAUAUCGAGAUAAAAUCUACUAUAUAUAUCAAAUCAAAGACACCGUACAUUAGUGCAAUUAAGCGCAUUUCAAAGAAAUUACAGGAUCCUAAACCGGCAAAUAUUAAGUAUAUAACGAUAAUGGGAAUGGGGAAAGCCGUAGAGAAGACGCUAUCCAUAGCUUGCUAUUUCCAAACGAAGAAGCAGCGAAAGGUGGAGAUCAUCACAACUUCGGUCGACGUAAUUGAUGAGAUUGCCACAGAGGAUAACGAAGAAAGUCCCGUGUCCACCGAAGAUCUCGAAACGACUUUAAAGAAACGUACCAUCAGCGGACUGCGAGUGAAGAUCUAUGUGUAG